GUAUAAAUACUGCAGUACGUAAGAAACAAGUCUUCAUUCACGAAUUACACGAGAAGCGCGAGGAUACCCAACUGCGCAAUGCUGACGCACAAAGUUUAGAACCAAAACAAGACAUUACCAUUGACAAUAAACACAUCGGUGUGCCCACUGUGGAAUACUAAACAUGCUCCGUGGAUAUCCUAAGACGAAGAGGGGUAAGACUGGAUGCUGAUUUUCUAGUUUCACCUUCACCUUUUGGAUAACCUGGAAAUUUGACGUGCUCUUGCACACUGAAGUGCCGUGCAGCGUGGACGCGCAGCGGGAUAUACCUUUUAACUCUUCGGCAUUUGUUUUCAUUGCACCCUUUUUCACUGGAAUAGGCUCUUUCGGGGAAUAUAAUCGUGGGUGACGCGGCUGCCCAGGAGAAUCGAAAAGCAUGGCAGCUUGGCUCACCUUUCUCAUCGCAAUUUUCACGACCGUUUUGACGCAGAUAUUUGGAUCUGGUGUUUUCGAACUCGACCUUCACGAGUUCAAAAAUUUCAACGGCUUGCUCGCAAAUGGCAAUGCAUGCAAGCCUGAAUGCAGGACAUUCUUCCGAGUUUGCCUAAAAAACUAUCAGGUGGUAGUGUCUCCAGGUGAUUGUAUCUUUGGAAGUGCCAUAACGCCCGUGCUGGGGACAGACUCGUUCAGUAUCAUGGGAGGUGGCUCUUUCAGCACACCGAUUCGACUGCCGUUCAACUUUGGGUGGCCGGGUUCAUUUUCAUUGAUUAUUGAGGCCUGGUUCUCCCCUUACGCGGAUCUACCUGUAGACACAUACAACCCUGACUUGCAGAUAAGCUUUUUUGCCAUCCAAAGAAAGUUGGAAGUAGGGGCUGAAUGGUUUCCGGAUGUUCAAAGUGGGAAGCAGACGGAGCUAAGUUAUUCUUACCGGUUCAUCUGCAGUGAAAAUUACUACGGCGACAGUUGUUCUAAAAAAUGCACGCCCAGGGACGACCGUUUUGGCCACUACAGAUGCAACCCAGAUGGGCAGUUAUCCUGUCUCCCUGGCUGGAAGGGGGAGUACUGUGAAGAACCGAUCUGUCUGGAGGGGUGCAGUGAGGCGAAUGGCAAUUGCUCCAAACCUGGAGAGUGUGUGUGCAGAGAAGGAUGGCAGGGUAAGCUUUGCACAGAGUGUAGGAAAUAUCCAGCUUGUAAACACGGCACCUGUCAGCAACCAUGGCAAUGCAACUGUAAGGAGGGCUGGGGUGGAUUGUUCUGUGACCAAGAUUUGAACUUUUGCACACAUCACAAGCCAUGUGUGAACGGAGCCACAUGUAUGAAUACAGGUCAGGGCAGUUACACCUGCACUUGUCGGCCUGGUUACACGGGGGUCAAUUGCGAGCUUGAGGUGCGAGAAUGUGACAGCAGCCCAUGCAAGAACGGAGGUCUUUGCUCGGAUCUUGACAAAGGUUACAUCUGCACCUGUCUGUCUGGCUUUGAGGGAACUCACUGUGAACACAGUCUGCUCACCUGCACAGACUCCCCGUGCUUUCACGGCGGUAAAUGCCACGAGAAAGACAACGGGCGCAGUUACGCAUGUGACUGUCCUCGAGGCUACACGGGUCUGAACUGUGAGAGAAGAGUGGACAAAUGCACAACUCUGCCAUGUGCCAAUGAUGGCUUGUGUGUGGUCCUGGGGGGUGUUCGCAUGUGCAGCUGUCGAGCGGGCUUCACUGGCCAGCGCUGCGAGAUCAACAUCAACGACUGCGCAAACAACCCCUGCGCUAACGGCGGCAUGUGCUACGACCGCAUCAACAACUACGUCUGCUCCUGCUCCCCGGGAUACGAAGGACGCAAUUGCGACCGUCCCUCAAACGCCUGUUCGUCAAGACCCUGUCUCAACGGCGGAUCCUGCGUGGGUAUCCCAGGGAACCCCCCAGCCUGCUUCUGCCCCAGUGGCUUCACUGGACCCCACUGUGAAUACUACUCAGUCACCCCUCCCGUGACCAAAGAAGAAACUCAAGACCGCUUCCAGUGGGCUGCGGUUUCUCUGGCCGUAGGUUUGGUGGCUCUUGUGGUUCUGCUCUGCAUGGUGGUCAUUGCCCUGCGCCACAUUCACAGGCAGGCAUCCGGAGAAAGGACUCGAGGCAAAGCAAUGAACAACAUGUCAGAAUCGCAAAGAGACAACUUAAUCCCCACCUCCCAGUUGAAGAACACUAAUAAGCAGGUCAGCUUGGAGGUGGAAUGCACACCUGACAAAUCAAAUUACAUACACAAGAACUGCCACUUGGACUACAAUUCAUCGAAAGAGUUCAAGGACAUCGUAUCCCAAGAGGACAAAAGUCAUAAAUACGAAAAGUGUUUAGAAGAGAAAAUACCAUUGAGUAGAAUGUACAGGGAAAAGCCAGAGUGUAGGAUAUCAACGAUAUGUUCCCCAAGGGACUCCGUGUACCAGUCUGUGUUUGUAAUAGCAGAGGAGAGGAGUGAAUGUGUCAUAGCAACUGAGGUAUAAGUCACAGGCUGAUGUCUAUGAAGAGAGGAGACAAAAACACAAUCAAAGCAGAAUCACUUUCUGGAUUGUUUACAAAAA